AUGACCCGUAUUCCCACACUGCUUGGCGUGGCCACACUUGUCUGGUCAAACAUGGCUGCGGCGAAAUACACUCUCCUUGAUUCGUACGACGCAACCAACUUUUUCGAUGGCUUUGAAUUUCGAAACGGUACUGGAUCCGGUGGGUUUGCACACUAUGUAGAUGCAGCCACUGCAGAGGCAAAGUCUUUGGCUGGGAUUCGGGACGGGCAGGUGUACCUCUCCGUUGAUAAUCAGACCGAAAACACAACGGGCGGACGGGAUUCUGUCAGAGUCAUCACGUCAAAUGUGUAUACCAACGGGGUUUACAUCGCCGAUAUUGCGCACAUGCCGGGUAAUGAAUGUGGCAUCUGGCCCGCCUACUGGACCAGCGGUCCAAAUUGGCCCAACAGCGGCGAGAUUGACAUCAUCGAGGGUAUCAAUCUGCAGAAAACUCCUGUCAUCACCUUGCACACUGGGGAGAACUGCACCGUCACAAAUACCGGAUCUGCAGCUGGUUCGGUCCUCACAGAUGCCGACUGUGACAGCACAGUUUCUGGCGGCUGUUCCCAGUCAACGGUGAAUACCCAGGCCUACGGGGACGGGUUCAAUGCGAUCAACGGGGGCGUCUACACGAUGCAAUGGACAACGACGGCUAUCUCGGUCUGGUUUUUUCCCCGUGGCAGUAUUCCGGCGGACAUCGCGGCAGGGACACCAACCCCAAGCACUUGGGGUACGCCGUUGACCAGGUUUGAGGCUUCUGAGUGCGAUUUCGCCUCUCACUUCAAAAGCAAUGAUAUCAUAUUCAACACGAACCUGUGCGGCUGGGCUGGAAACGUGUGGUCCUCGAACGCUGAGUGCAGUGCAAAGGCUUCUACCUGCGAAGAAUAUGUCGCUCAAAAUCCUUCAGCGUUCUCGGAGGCAUAUUGGCUAAUCAACUAUGUCAAGGUGUACAGAUGGAGCGACUCUGCUUGA